CGGGGACGCCCCCAGCAAAGGUCACGGGGGGAGGGGGGGGGCCCUGGGUGACAAAGGGCCCCCCCAGCCCCUGAGGGUGGUGCAGGCUCAGCUGGGGCUGUCAGGACAUGGGAGCCAUGUCGCGAUAGAAGGGUCUGUGACAGCCUGGGGGGGUCCUGAGUGUCCUGGGAGCAAUUGGGGAGGGGGUCCUAAAGAACUUGGGGGGUCCUGAAUGUCUUGGGAGCAGCUGGGGUGAGGGUCCUGAGCCCCCUGGAAGAACUGGGGGGUCCUGAGUGCUGGGAGUAGCUGGGGAGGGGGUCCUGAGUAUCCUGGGGUGGGGGUCUUGAACUCCCCUGAAGAACCUGAUUGUCCUGGGAGUAGUUGGGGUGGGGGUCUUGAAGAACUUGGGGGGUCCUGAAUGUCCUGGGAGCAGCUGAGGGGGGGUCCUGAGCCCCCUAGGAUAAAGUGGGGAGUGGUCCUAAAGCUCCUUGGAGGCACUUGGGGGGUCUCGAGGGUCCUGGAAGAAACUGGGGAGGGGGUCUUGAACCCCUCUGAAGAACCUGAUUGUCCUGGGAGUAGUUGGGGUGGGGGUCUUGAAGAACUUGGGGGGUCCUGAAUGUCCUGGGAGCAGCUGGGGAGGGUCUGGAGCCCCCUAGGAUGAAGUGGGGAGUGGUCCUAAAGCCCCUUGGAGGCACUUGGGGGGUCUCGAGGGUCCUGGAAGAAACUGGGGAGGGGGUCUUGAAGAACUUGGGGGGUCCUGAAUGUCCUGGGAGCAGCUGAGGGGGGGUCUUGAGCCCCCUAGGAUGAAGUGGGGAGUGGUCCUAAGGCUCCUUGGAGGCACUUGGGGGGUCUCGAGGGUCCUGGAAGAAACUGGGGAGGGGGUCUUGAAUCCCUCUGAAGAAUUUGGGGGGUCCUGAAUGUCCUGGGAGCAGCUGGGGAGAGGGUCUUGAAGAACUUGGGGGGUCCUGAGCUCCAUUGAAGAACUGGGGGGUCCUGAAUGUCUUGGGAGCAGCUCAGGGAGGGGGUCCUGAGCCCCCUAGGAUGAAGUGGGGAGUGGUCCUAAGGCUCCUUGGAGGCACUUGGGGGGUCCUGGGUGUCCUGGGAGCAGCUGGGGUGGGGGUCCUGAGCCCCCUAUGGAGGGGUCCUAAGGCUCCUUGGAGGCACUUGGGGGUCUCGAGGGUCCUGGCAGCAGCCAGGGGGGGUCAUGAGCCUCCUGGAGGUGGCCACUGGUGGCUCGUGGUCCUGUCCCUCCUGUCCCCUCAGGUGUGGGGGGAUGACACAGCCAUUCUGAAGUCACUAUGGAGGAGUCCCAGUCCCUUUGGGCUCAUUGUGGGGGAGAUGCCAUCCCCUAUGGCGUCCUCCUCCCCUCAGGGUGUGUCCCAGCCCCUCUGCACUCACUGUGGGGGUUUCUUGUCAUCUCCGGAUGUUCUGCUCCUCUUGCAGUCCCUCAGUUCUUUGGGUGACAUCGUGUGGGGGUCCCAGACCCUCAGAGAGGGGGCCACCAGCACCCACAGGCCCUCAGCCCCUCAGGUAAUGGCGGAGGGGGGCAGCCCCUCGGAAGUCACCGUAGAGUCCCAGUCCCUGAGAUGACAUUUGGGUGGCGUCCCAGCCCCUCUAUAUUCACUGAGAAGGGAGGAAAAAGGGUCCUGCCCGUCCCUGCUGUCCCUCAGCCCCUGAGGGAGGGUCUCAGUCCCUCAGGUGACAUUAGGGGGGGUCCCAGCCUCUCUAUACUCACUGAGCAGAAAUGGAAAUCCUGUACCCUCCGGGAGGGUUCCGCCACCCUCACGCUCCCUCAGCCCCUGAGUCCCUCAGGUUACACUGGAGGGGGUCCCAGCCCCUCUAUACUCACUAAAGAGAAAUUAAAAUCCUGUCCGCUCUGGAGGGUCCUGCCUGCCCCCGCUGUCCCUCAGCCCCCUGAGGGGGGCUCCCAGUCCUUCAGGUUACACUGGAGGGGGUCCCAGCCCCUCUAUACUCACUGAGGAGAAAUGGAGACCCUGUCCCCUCCGGAGGGGUCCUGCCCGCCCUCGCGGUCCCUCAGCCCCUGAGAGAGGGUCCCAGUCCCUCUAUACUCACUGAGGAGAAAUCCUGUCCCCUCCGGGAGGGUCCUGCCGCCCUCACGUCCCCUCAGCCCCUCAGGGAGGGUCCCAGGUGACAGCGUGGAAGGGAACCCGUCCCCUCCGGGAGGGUCCCACCACCCUCCCACUCCCUCAGCCCCUGAGGGAAGGUCCCAGUCUCUCAGGUGACAGUGUGGGGGGGAACCCGUUCCCUCCAUGGGAGUCCCGCCGCCCUCCAGCUCCCUCAGCCCCUCAUGGCGGGAAGGGGGCGGAGCCUCUCCCCUCACGCCCGCGGCUCUCGCGCCGCCCGCACGUGCGCUCCUCGCGCUGCGCAUAAGCGCGCGCGGCUCCCCCCCCCCCGGCCCCGUCCACCGCGCUGCCCGGAGCCCGCCAAAGCAGCGCGUUCCCAUUGGCCGCUCAUUUCCCGCCCGCCCCGCGUGACGGGAGUCUCCAUGGCAACCGGCCAAUUGGGGGCAGCGCGCGAGUGACGAGCGGGGUGGGCGGGGCCUCGGCGGCGGCGGCGGCGCGCUUUUUCGGCCUGUGGCGGGCGCCGGAGCCGCCGCCAUGAGCGGGGCCGGGGCCGGGACAGAACGACCGUCCCCGGCCAAGCUCCGCCGUCUGGAUGAGCCCACCGGGACGGGCUCCGCCGCCGCCGCCGUUAACAGCGGGGAGGAGACGGCGCGUUCCCCCACCCCCGCCGGAGGUCGUGGUGAGGGCCGCAGCGCGCGCGCGAGGGGUGACGGGUCUGGGCAUGCGCGGGGAGGCGGCGGCGGGGACGAGCGAGCGCCCCCUGGCGGCUGCUCGGAAAUGGCGGCUGUGACCGGGGAAGGGCUGGAGACCCCCAAAAGUGGGAUGGAGACCCCCGGGAAAGUCACCGGAGAGGUCACGACCACCGAGGAGGCCAAGGGGGACCUGGAGACCAUCAACGGAUGCAAAGGGAGCCUGCAGAACACAAGGAGUGACUGCUCGGAGGAGGAAAAUGGGGGUUUGGAGACCACCAGAGAGGUCAAAGAGGGGAUGGAGACCACCAGAGAGGACCUGGAAAUUGCUGCCGCUCACUCCUUGGAGAAGAACAGCGAUGUCCUGGAGACUCCCACAGGUUCCAAGGGAAGUUUGGAGACCCCCAGGGAAGCCCAGGAUGGUCUGGAGACCCCCAAGGAGCUCACAGGGAACCUUGGGACCACCAAUGGUCGCAGAGGGAGCCUGGAGACGGCCGUCACUCGCUGCUUGGAGCAGGGCAGAAGGAGCAAGGGGGGCUCGGAGGAGAGCACCCCCAAAAUCCCGGGCAGCGUGGAGGAGAGGAAAAGCGCCAACAGGCGCAAAGCCAAAACCCCGGCGAGACCCAGGCCGAGAAACCCGGAGAGCAGCUUGGAAGCCACCAGAGAAGAGGCAGGGAGGGCUCAGAGGUGGGACAGAGAGCAGAAAGGUGGUGAGGAGGAUGAGGAACCCGCGGAGAACCUGGAACCCACGGGCGGAGCGGAGCAAAACGCCAAGGCGGCGGUGAGCGAGGAGAGCGCGGUGAUCUCUCUGGAUGAGGAUGAUGAGGACGAGGAGGAGGAGGAGGAGCGGGACGAAGGGCCGGGGAGGUACCUGGCGGCUCUGGAGGCCGUGCAGCUGGAGCUGGAGGCCGUGGAGGAGGAGGCCGCGCGAGCUUUCCGCCGCCUCCGCGCCCGCUUCUGCCUCCGCCGCCGGCCGCACCUGCAGCGCCGCAACCGCCUCAUCCAGCACAUCCCCGGCUUCUGGGUCACCGCCUUCCUGAACCACCCGCAGCUCUCGGCCAUGAUCAGCGACCGCGACGAGGACGCGCUGAGCUACAUGACCAGCCUGCAGGUGGAGGAGUUCGGGCAGAGCCACCCCGGGUGCCGGAUCCGCUUUUUCUUCAGCGUCAAUCCCUAUUUCCAGAACGACGUCGUGGCCAAGGAGUUCGUGCGGGGACCCUCAGGUCACCUGGUGUCGCACUCGACGCCCAUCCGGUGGUGGCAGGGCCAGGACCCCCGGAGCCGCCCCCACAAGGGACCCCCGGCCCCGCGGAGCUUCUUCGCUUGGUUCGGGGAUCACAGCGCGCCCGCCGGGGACAGGGUGGCUGAGAUCAUCAAGGACGAGCUCUGGCCCAACCCGCUCCAGUUUUACCUGCUGGGGGAGGGUCCUGAGGGACCCCCGGACAGUGAGAGCGGCGAGGACUGCGUGGUGAUCCUGGAUGACGAUGAGGAUGUGCAGGAGAUCCCCGAUGAUGGGGAUGGCAGUGGUGUUGAAGAGAUCCCGACAGAGGAGCCCCCUGUGGGACACAGAGACCCCAAAAUUUAAUUUGGGGAGGGGGAUUUGGGGGUGCUGCACAUCCCCAACCCCCCGGAAUUGCGGGUAAUGAGGGGCUGGGGUCCCCCAAAACAGCUCAGGGUGUUUGAAGGCCUUUUCACAUCCCCCUCCCCAUUUUUGGGGGGUCCUAAAUCUCCUCAAUCCCCCCCUCACACACCAAGGGGACGAACACAAACAUUUCCUCAUUUCCUGGUUGGUUUUUUUUGGGUUUUUUUUUGUACAUUUUGGGUUUAAAACUUGUAAAAUUUGCUUUUUAUAUUGAAGAAUUAUAUUAUAAUAAAGAGAAAGUUUUAACAGA